AUGGGAUGGCUCUUUCUGAUAGUUUGCACUUUAUUAGUGCUUACCACAAGUGGAGAUGAAACCUACGAAACUGUUUCAGUUGGCAUAACCCGCUAUGUUAUCCAAACUGAAAGCUGAAAAUAUUUUAUACUACAAGGAAUCGUUUCACAAGAUAUUUAUUAUUUAUCUAUAAAGCUUCAGCUUGACUCUGGAUUCCACUUAGCUUUACUUGCUAGAAGAAAUAAACCUCCUAGUUUAGAAAAAAAAGGUUUUAAAACUGAUUGGGCUGAUAUGGAUAAUUACUAUUUAUCGUACUCCUCUCACAAUAUCGUUCUUGAGCCUUUAACUUAUGAUUCUCAAACUUUUUAUAUUGGUGUUUAUACAAAUACAACAGCUGCUGUAUCUUAUAGACUUUCAGCGGUCCAAAAGUAUAAUAAUGCCUGUCCUAAUGAUUGUUCAGGUAAAGGAAAUUGUAAUAAAACGACAUGUGGAUGUAAUGAUAACUGAAUUGGUGUUGAUUGCCAUGUUAAUGCAGAUUUAGUUUAUCUGUCAGGGUAUCAAAAUGUCGAUAUAUAUGAAAAUAGUUUGGCAUAUGCAUAUUAUACUUUAUUAUAUUUUUUUGCAAUUUUUCUAGGUUUUAGUAUUAUUUUUUGGCAUUUAAAAAUAUAGUAAAUUAAGUUUAAAAAUGAUAAAUUAAUAUAAAAUUAUGGAAAUUUUAUCAAAAAUCAUACAAAUUCACGUCAACUGACGAUGAAAUUCAAGUGCAAGUUGAGCUCGCCAACGCUGACGCAAGCACAAUCACAAUUUAUGCCAAACCUUCUUCAGGAUAUGACACUUUAUUGCCAACUAUUUACGAAAAUAAAAUUAAAAAAACAGGCAACUCAUUUACAUUUACCUUCAGUAAAAACGGAAACACAGCGUUCUAUUUUUCACUUGAAAAUGACUCAGAAAAUUUUAUAACAGCUAAAUUUCUGCUUUCUCAAGCAACUAGCAGUGGCAGUGGCUCAGACCCUUUGAUAUUUUAUAUCAUAAUCGCCUGUUCCUCCCUCAUUAUCGUUGGCUGAGUCGUAUUUGCCCUGAUUAGAACCUGGAGAAGGUCCACUUCUAUAGCAAUUCUUGAAGAAGAAAAUCACAACCCAGAAAGGGCCAUAGAGCUAACUACAAUAGAAGAAAAUUUCCCUGAAAAAGAGUAUCGUCCCACCAACUCUGAGUCAUUUCCUUGUCCUAUCUGUUUAGAAAGCUUUUUAAAAAAUGAUAAAAUAAGGGUCCUUCCUUGUGAACAUGUUUAUCAUAAAAAAUGUAUAGAUGAAUGGUUUUCAAGGAAAGCUUAUUGCUGCCUCUGCAAAAGAGAUUGGAAAAAUUGUGAUACUACUAUGAUGACAAGAAGGGAUGAGGAUACUGUUGGGGCUACAUUUCAUCUCAAUGCUACAUUUAAUGAUGGGAAUAAUCAAAGCAGGGCUGUUAAUGUAGAAAAUGAAGAGAGCGCUGAAAUGCCUAUUGAUGAUGUUUAA